AUGCAAGACAGCACGCCGGGCAUUUCUGAUACUGCUCAGAUGAGUUUAAUUUGUCGAUAUGUCAUUGUUGAAGACAAAGAACUGGCGGAACGGGAAUCAUUUCUUGAUUCGUUUUUUCUUCUCGUGAUUUUCUUCACACUCUUUGUCGUUCAAUCAUUUUAUUAUCAUUUGUAUUUUUUCUUUUUAUUUUCUCUUGUAUUUCCUUCUUUUCUCUCAUUUAUUCCUUUAUCUCAUUCGUUUCUUUUUCUUUUCCUUCUUAUUUAUUUUGCUUCUUAUUAUUUCGAGCCUUUAAUUAUAUUUUCUUUUAUAUUAUUUCGGUUCAUUCAUCCUAAUGAAUUGGAAUCAUGUUUUCUUUUUUCUAACUGCCAUUCUUUCUUUCUUUUGAUUCUUACCUUUUCUUUCUUCCUUUCCUUUUUUUUCACUCACUUUCUCCUCCUUUCUUUUUCUUUUUUCGUUUCAUUUUCUCUCUCUUUUUCUUUCAUUUAUAUUUUUCGCUUUCUCUUUCUUUUUGUUUUCGUACUUGUAUCUUUCUUUCUUUUUCUUUCUUUCUUCCUUUUUCUGGUUUUCUAUAUUUAUCUUUUUUUCUUCCUUUUUCUUUUUUCUUUCUUUUUUUUCUAUCUUUUUCCUUCUUUUUUCUCUGCCGUUCUUUCACAUUUUUUCUUUAUUUCUUUCCUUUCUAUUGUCAUCCAUUACCCUUUCUCUUUUUCCCCUUUACUUUUAUUAAUUCUUCGACAUUUUUCUUACGCCUAUCCUUUUUUCUUCAUAUAUUUCUGCUUCUUUCAAUAUUUUCUUCUAUAA